AUGAUGGAGUCUCCCAUAGCCUCAAUCACCAAGUAUUUUACCCAGAAGCAGGGCAGUAGUGGCCAACUUUCACUUGACAAGGAAGUCAAAACCACAGUGGGAUCCUUUUUGGAGCAGGGCAACCUUUUCCAAGCUGAAGAAGUUUUUGGGCUUGUCAGUGCUAUCGAUAUAGAAAACUCGCCUUUAGAGCGCCUUGAUGCACCUGGUGCCGUCAUCUUCUGCAGCAUCUUGCUUCAUGCUGAAGUAUGCCUUCCUGUUCAAAGAGGAAUUUAUCUCCUUGCCGUAAGUUCACGUGAUCUAUGGCCUACAGUUGUUGAGCCGAAACAGGCUUCACUACGAUCUGCAUCAUCAAAUGGUGAACAGAGCAACUCCGGGCAGCACAAGAAAAAGACGUCGCUUCAACAGAGUUUGAUCCCCUUGCUCAGUAAUUUCAUCAAGGCCGACUGUGACGAAGAGAUACGAAGAUGGGUGUGUUCGAGCUACCAUACUUCCUCCAGUCUGGUUAACAUGCUUGCAGACAGGCGUUCUAGCAUUGGAAUUAUUGACAGGCUGUCCGGCAAACGGUCGAAGGCUACGACAGGUGCCGUUGGAUAG